UGGCAAAUCACCGUGUGCUGAGCCUGAAAAACAAAUCCGACAUAGACAAGAAAAAUAUUUGUAAAGCUAUAUUUUAUUUGUUACGGAAUCCAACCUGCUGUACGUAACUGCCAUGAGGUGAAGAAAACUUGGUUCGCUUCCUGUACCAGGGGUCUCCUAUUGAACUGGACCCUCUCCCCACAAUGCCUCUUGUGGAGUUUGUUGCCGGAUGGAUUUCAGGUGCAGCGGGACUGAUAGUUGGACAUCCAGUGGACACAGUGAAAGUGCGUCUGCAGACCACGUCCAGGUACAAGGGGAUCUUUGACUGUGUGGCCAGGACUUAUGCAUACGAGGGGAUCCCUGGGUUUUUCAAGGGCAUGGCAUUCCCUGUCCUGAGCAUUGCUGUUAGCAACUCCGUGGUCUUUGGUUCCUAUAGCAACGCCUUGGAUUAUCUCACCCAAUCACAGUACGCCGACCGCAGCAAAGACAAAUCUGCUUCAGCAACAGCAGUCUUCACGGCUGGCUGCUUUUCAGGUGUAGCCCAGGUGCUGGUCACUGCCCCCAUUGACCUGGUAAAGGUGCGCUUACAGAACCAGACGAAGGGCAGGCGGGGGGUCGGCGGGGACAAGUACAGGGGUCCCGUGCACUGUGUGGCCAUCAUCCUGAGGGAGGAAGGGGCCAGAGGCCUGUUCCGGGGGAUGUGGGCACUGGCUCUCAGGGAUGUGCCCUGUUACGGACUUUACUUUCUGCCUUACGAGCUCAUAUGCAAAGCGCUGACGGAGAGCGGGAAACAACCAGGCGUGUUCGCGGUGCUAAUGGCGGGCGGCAUGGCUGGCGUGGUGACGUGGGCCUUCGCGACGCCCAUGGACGUGGUGAAGGCCAGGCUGCAGAUGUCCGGGGCGGGGGGGCCGGUGUACAGGGGGGUCCUGCACUGCAUUGCUCUCAGCAUGAGGCAGGAGGGCGUGCGGGUUUUCUUCAAGGGCCUGCUGCUGAACAGCCUCAGGGCCUUCCCCGUCAACGCCGUCACCUUCCUCUGCUACGAGAGCCUGAUGAGGGCCAUGACGUCAUCGCCGGCAGAUUGUUCCCAGGAGUGACGUCAUCAAGCAGCACUGAGGCUAAGGGCUGGUUUAUGCUUCUUGAGGUCAGCGCGACUAUAACUGUCAUAUAAGCAAAAUGAGACCACAAUGGCUGUCCGCAUAGAGGGUCGCGGAUUUUGUAACAGUACAAAGGGCUACGCAGGUUACUUUGGGGGUAUGGUUCAUGCAGCCACAUGCUGCCCUGUGAAAACACGGUAAGCAUGAAGGGUCUUCAUCUGGCGGAGGGUCAUGCCAUAUCCAUGUAUCCGCGAUAAAGGACCGGGCUGUGGCUGGGAGCGUUGCACUCAGCACUGACAUCACUAAAAGCUCAUCACUAAAAGCACUGACAUCACUAAAAGCUCCAGGGUCAAAGCUAGACAUUAUCCAAAGCCGGUUGAGCUGUUAACUGUGACACCAACAGGAGUCAUUUGAGAGAGAUGGUGCCACCACGUUGUCUGGUUCAUGAAAUAGUCAACUGAGCAAUUUUAUUCCAUUUACUAUGAAAUUACUUUUACAGGAAUUAUGCCUCAAUAUAUGAAAUCAACCAUUCCACUCCUUAUCACAUAUUGCAUUAAAUUACAUUACAUUCAUUUAGCAGAUACUUUUAUCCAGAGUGACU